GUUACGCGCACACCGUCGUCGUCCCGCCGUCAAAUCAGCCGCGGCAGUGCUCUCUCAGUGUCUGUUCGUCGAUCACACGCAAUAUACGACGCACGCACCGCGGUCGUCGGCUGUUCAACCAAUACCAUUAACAAUAAUAAUAAUUAUUAUUAUCAAUCGUAAUAAUUGUAAUAUCGCAACCGUCGUUUUACCCGUCGCCCGUGAUUGUUACUCGUCCUGUUUGAAAUAUACAAUAUUAUUAUCGUACAACUUGGCUGUAUAACAGCGCGACGCGUAUAGGCGACGACACCGCACGACGACGUCGUAUGUUUGUUUGACGAUAGAUCUUAAUAUUUAUAGCGACGCUCGUUCGGGGUGUGUCUACGUUUUUCAGUCCCGCGGUACACCUACGCGAUAUUGCCGAUAUUGACUUCUAUUAUAGUUAUUAAUAUUAUAUAUUUCUACGUUGAUCAGCCGACGAAAACCGCGACGUUUCGGUACUAACGCCGCCGAGUCGUUCGCGUACACCACGCGGGUGUUGCACGUCCGUCGUAAUCUUCGCGAGUAAUGCGCACUGCAGACCCGUGACCACUCGCGCGACGUGCUUACACAUUCAUAUGUACCUAGAUUACGUCCGCGGAGAACGCAAACCCGCACGACGACCCUGUUGACCGUCGAGGUCCAUGCGACCCUCUUGCACGCGCCGCUCCGAACGUCCACUGUCCGCAGCACGUCCAGGAUCUCAUUGAAAUGAGACGGCUCAAAAUUAUAUUCAUUUGUAAGCUGACGAUGUGUUUACUGACAUGGUCCUUAUUUGUAGCGGAGUUAGAUGCGCUACGAGGUUCUGCUGUUGUACUUCAAGCCAAAGCGAAAGCAGACAAAAAAAUUUCGGAACCGGAUGAAGCAAUCGACGUGGACGAGGAUGGGGAACCUGUUGCGGUCGAGUUGAACGUAACCACGACCACUAAACCCACGUUGACAGGCAUACCACAGAUCGACUACGUGCACGAUCCGAACUUGCCCCGGGAACUGAACGGUUACAACUUGACGGAAUAUCCGUUCCUAAACUCGGUGCCCCCGGAUAUCGAAUUCAAAUGCGACGGACUGCACGAUGGUUUCUACGCGAGCAUGCCUCAUAAAUGUCAGCUCUACCAUCACUGUCUGUUCGGCACGAGGUUCGACUUCCUGUGCGCCAACUACACAGCUUUCGAUCAAAAGACGUUCAUUUGCCAUUUCGUGUCCCAGGUGGACUGCCCAAACUCGGCCAAGUACUUUAGCAGAAAUGACGCGCUGUACAAAGCCGCCGAGACGACGACGCUGCCGACGACCACCACGUCCACGACGGCCGCGCCGCAGCAGCAACAGCAACAGCAACAGCAACAGCAGCAGCAGCAGCAGCAACAACAACCGUUCUACCCGCAGUACCAACAGCAGCAGAUGCCGUACGAAGGCCGCAGGGCCAUGCCACCGGGUUACGCGCAGGGCCGAAAGCGCAGGCCAUCGUACCGGAGACGUAGGCCCGUUUACGAGUACUAUUACGUGGACGACUACGAUGACCAGCAGGAGUACUACGACGAUAGCGUCGAGCACAUGCCGGUGGCCAAAAAACCCAUAAGAAAACAUUCUAGGUUCAACAAUUACAAGCAGGCCGACUUAGAAGCCGAUUACCAGGAUAGCAGUUCGGAAUCAGAUGCGCCGCCGAGCGGUAACUUUAAACAGCACAGAGGACAACACGCGCAGCAGCAACACCAGCAGCAGCAACAGCAGCAGCCACGGCAACAGCAACAGCCGUCGUCGACCGCAGUGACGAAGAACGUGUCCAAUCAGAUAUCUUCGGUGUACGACAAGCCCAGGGCCCCGCCCAAGAUCCGCCGCCCGGUGCCCAUCAACGAACGGGAUCGAUACGAUUACGUAUCGAAGUCUGGCCCACAGCCGGGUCCGUCGGCGGACGCGGCUCCCGCGUCCACCACCACGGCCACCAGCACCACCACCAGCACCACCACAGAAGCCGCGCCGACAAAGUCGAGCUCCAGGGGCAGAGAGCCGCCACCACGUCCGGCCGCCACCGAAGAUCCGGUCGAGUAUUACGACGACGACGAGGAAGUGGUGGCAGACGACGAGUACGCCGCGGAACCGGAAGUACCCGCCGCGGUGAAAUCCGCAGUGGUCUCCGCCGCCGUCGCCUCGAAACCCGACCAGGCCGUCAAGCCGGUCAAGGCUGCCGCCAGGACGGCCGUGGUGGUCGAUUAUGACGCGGACCGCGUACGACGCCCGUCGGCCGCGACGGUCAGGUCAAAGCCGGGCAGGGCGCCCGCAACAGUUGCGCCGCAACCGCAGCUGCCCGCGGCGCCGAGGAAGAGGCCGGUGGCCGACGAUUACGAGGACGAACUUCCGGCGGCGGCCACGCGGCAGUCCAUCAACGCGGCGACCAAGCAACGAGCGUCCGGCCCGUUCCUGAUGCGGACCUCGAAACCGACCAAAGUCAGACCGACGCCGGCCGACGAAUACGAGGGCGUGGACGAAUCGGCGGCGGCGGCGGAGACGGUCUACCAACAGCAGGCCAGGCAGCCGCAGCGCGUGAGUGUCAGGCAAGUGAUGGGCGCUCCGCACAACAACAGGCAGAGGCCGCAACAGCAACUACAGCAGGCCGCCGCAGACCGUCCGCAUGCUCAGCAGUACAACAACAAGCACGUGAGGGCGACGUCCGCGGCCAACAGGAGGCCCAUGCGGCCCGUCUACGAGUACGCCGACGAGUACUACGAUGACCAAUAAUGAUAAUAAUAUUGACGACAACGAUUAUAAUAAUGAAACGAUAUAUUAGCGUACGGCCGUCGUACGAGUUGGUUAUAAAAUUAUGUAUAGGUAUUGUUUAUAGCAGUGGCUCUGGCGGUACAGUUAUAUUGUAAUUAUGAUUAUUAUUAUGUUAUAAUAUUAUUAUUAUUAUGCGUAUGACGACGGAUUUUUUUAGCAAGACGACGGAAAAAGCGUAUAUUAUUAUUAUGAUUUAUCAUCGUGCGUCGGACACGCGUUAUUAUAUAAUAGACAUAAACGAAAUAUUAUUAUUAUUACCUAUUAUAUAUAUAUACAUAAUAUAAUAUAUAAUAGGUACCCUAUAUACAUAUAUAUAUAUAUACUGUACUAUGCAAUAAGUAUAUAUUAUGAUUUUGUGUAAUUAAUACAUAACAAUAAUUUUAUUACCAUA